AUGAGAGGAGCUGGAGAAGAGACAGAGGCGUGGAGGUACUUUAAGAGAGAUGUUGUGCCGUUUGCUGCAAUUUCUCCUUCUUCCACUUUCUUUCAUCUUUGGAAGGUCAAAAAGAUUACCUUCAGCCAAGUCUCCUCUCUUCUUCAAGUUUUUCUUACUUGGACUUUCGGGGUCAUUGGGCAGAUAGCUGGUUGUAAAGGUAUAGAAUACAGUUCACCAACUCUUGCCUCUGCUAUGAGCAAUCUCACACCAGCUUUUACAUUCACCCUCGCCGUUAUCUUCAGGAUUGAAAAAGUAGUGUUACGGAGCUCUGGGACUCAGGCUAAAAUCAUUGGCGCAAUAGUGUCUAUAUCUGGUGCUCUGGUUAUUGUGCUAUAUAAAGGUCCAGAAGUUCUCGCUGCUGCAUCUUCAACAUCUACCAUUUCACUUCACCAGAAUAUAAUUUCAGUCGAGUCAAGCUGGAUAAUCGGAGGCCUUCUGCUUGCUUCACAGUAUUUUCUUGCUUCAGUCUGGUAUUUUCUUCAGACUAGGGUCAUGGAGGCAUACCCUGAAGAAAUAACCGUAGUCUUCUGCUACAACUUAUUUGCAACGCUAAUCUCAGCACCAGUGUGUUUCUUAGCAGAGAGAAACUUGAGUUCUUGGGUGCUUAAACCUGAUAUUGCCCUCGCUGCAAUAGUAUACCAGGGAGUCUUUGUUUCAUUAUUCAGCGCAAUUAUCCACACAUGGGGUCUGCAUCUAAAGGGUCCGGUCUACAUAUCAUUGUUUAGGCCUUUGUCUAUUGCGAUUGCAGUCGCCAUGGGUGCUAUAUUCCUCGGCGAUGCUCUUCACCUUGGGAGUGUGAUUGGAGCAAUGAUCUUGUGCUUUGGAUUCUACACUGCUAUGAAUUUUUUGGUUCGGUUCGGUUCAGUUUUUUGGUAUGUCCCAUGCCAAAUUCCUAACCGUUGGAUCAGAAAUCUACACUUGAAGCGUGUUGACGAGCGUAUCGAAAUACUAACCGUUGGAUCAAAACCUCCACCUGGGAAAGAGUAUCAACGAUCGUCUCAAAAUCGGACAUAUUAUUUUGACGAUCAUCGUCUCGCCGGAAGCAUCAAACGGGACCGGCGACGGCAAAGUCCACUCCGUAAGCCGUGCGACUGUACAUCGAUGGAGAUUGCAGCGUUGGUGUUAAUUUCAGUGGAAGGUGGAAUAGGAAGUUUUGAUAAAUCGAUCAAAUUUUCCCUUCUGAAGAUGAAGCUGAGAUUAGCGAACAAAUCUUUGAGCUGGAGUGAGGAUUCUUCUGAUCGCUGCUGCAUUAUGCGUUGA